AUGUCUGGAGAAGUAGGGAGACUCUGGAGACUGGGCCAGGAGGCAGGCACCCAUCACCCAUCUCUCACUCUUUACCAUCACUAUGUUCAGGUGAUCUGUGGCCAAGAAGAACCAGGGAAAGGUGCAGAGCAACGUGAACCCAAGACCCAGGAGAGAGCUCAAGUGCGGAAGGUGAGAGGGCUGCUCUCUCCAAAGUCCCUGUUAACUCCAACCUUACUGCAGAACAUGACCCUUCUGGAGCUGGUGAGCAGCUCACAGGAGUUAUGGGAUAUCCUGGACAACCUGUCCGAGCGGGACCACGCUCCACACCCCAGAGGACAAAGGGACUUGGGGCCAGCCUCAGGCAAGCUUAAAAAGAUUUUUGGCUGGGGAGAUUUCUAUUCCAAUAUCAAGACAGUGAAGUUGAACCUCUUGAUCACCGGAAAGGUGGUUGAUCACGGCAACGGCACAGUCAACGUCUUCUUCCGACACAACUCUACCGGGCAAGGGAACAUCUCCGUCAGCCUCGUCCCCCCCACCAAGGCAGUGGAGUUUGACCUGGAGCAACAGAUCUUCAUCGAGGCCAAAGAAUCCAAAAUCUUCAACUGCCGCGUGGAGUACGAGAAAGUGGAUCGUGCCAAGAAGACCACGCUCUGCACUUACGACCCAUCUAAGACCUGCUACCACGAGCACACCCAAAGUCACGUCUCCUGGGUCUGCUCGAAGCCCUUCAAAGUCAUUUGCAUCUACAUCACCUUCUACAGCAUAGACUACAGGCUGGUGCAGAAAGUGUGUCCCGACUACAACUAUCACAGCGACGUACCCUACUACCCCUCGGGAUGA